GUUGUGUUUGUCCUGGCUCGGCUCGGCUCGGAUCAGCCCAGCAGCAGCAGCAGCAGCAGCAGUAACCUGAUGGCGGCCCCUGCUCUCUCCGGUCGGGCCGGUUCAGCGGGGAACAGCCCCACGGCGGCCGGCGCGAGGCUUCCUCACGGCGGCCCCGAGCUCGACUUCAGGUCGGCGGCCCGCAUGGAGGAUCUGAACCGGCUCAUCCAGGAGUUCAGCAAGCACGACCAGCGGGAGUACGACGACCAGCGAGCCCUGGAGAUACACACGGCCAAGGACUUCAUCUUCUCCAUGCUGGGAAUGGUCCAGAAGUUGGACCAGAAGCUCCCGGUGGCCAAUGAGUACCUCCUCUUGUCGGGAGGCGUUAGAGAAGGUGUGGUUGAUAUGGACCUGGACGAGCUGAGCGUCUAUGCCCGCGGGACAGACUACGACAUGGACUUCACCCUGCUGGUCCCGGCACUCAAACUCCAUGACCGUAACCAGCCAGUCACCCUGGACAUGAGGCACUCGGCUUUGGGCCACUCCUGGCUCAGCCUCCGCCUCUUCGACGAAGGGACCAUCAACAAAUGGAAGGACUGCUGCACUAUUGUCGACCACAUCAAUGGAACCACCAACUACUUCUUCUCGCCAACGCUGGUGGCCGACUGGUUCUACCAGUCCAUCUCUCUGGUGCUGCUGGAGGUGCAGAAGAAGCCACAGAGAGGCAUGCCCAAGGUGGAGAAGGUGGAAAGAAAUGGGACAAUCAUCUCCGUCAUCCUGGGAGUCGGCAGCAGCCGAAUGCUGUACGACAUCGUCCCCGUGGUUUCAUUUAAAGGCUGGCCUGCUGUGGCUCAGAGCUGGCUGAUGGAGAAUCACUUCUGGGAUGGUAAGAUCACAGAGGAGGAGGUGAUCAGUGGCUUCUACCUCGUCCCUGCGUGCUCCUACAAAGGUCGCAAGGAGAACGAGUGGCGCCUUUCGUUCGCUCGCAGUGAAGUGCAACUGAAGAAGUGCAUCUCCACCAGCCUGAUGCAGGCGUACCAGGCCUGUAAAGCCAUUAUUAUCAAGCUGCUGUCCCGCCCUAAAGCCAUCAGCCCGUACCACCUCCGCAGCAUCAUGCUGUGGGCCUGCGACCGCCUCCCCGCCAACUACCUGUCGCAGGACGACUACUCUGCCCACUUCCUGCUGGGUUUGAUCGAUGACUUGCAGCACUGCCUCGUCAACAAGAUGUGUCCCAAUUAUUUCAUCCCUCAGUGCAACAUGCUGGAGCACCUGUCUGACGAGACGGCCAUGCUGCACGCCCGCAAACUCUCCUCUGUGCGCUCCGAUCCGGCCGAGCACCUCCGCACUACCAUCGAGCACGCCAAGGCCGCCAACAGGCUGACGGUGGAACUGCAGUGGCGAGGCAGCUCCAACAACCUGCCGUCGCCGCAGUCGGACGCCGGCGGAGAGAACCAGCCAGACGACCGACUGGCUAAGAAGCUCCAGCAGCUGGUGACGGAGAAUCCUGGGAAAUCCAUCUCGGUCUUCAUCAACCCGGACGACGUCACACGACCGCACUUCCGUAUCGACGACAAGUUUUUCUGAAACUGACAAACGUUCUCCCAGACCUCUUCCUCUUCCUCCUCCUCUCCUUUAUCUCUGCCUUCCUUC